AUGAGCGAUCUCGGUCAGGAUCAGGAUCAGAAGGACCAAGGCCAAGGCCAAUCCCUGCGCGUCCAAAUCCUCGUGUACCGCUGCAUGGGCAUCGACCUCUGGAGUCCCACGUGGGUCAACGACCGUCCGCUGCUGACCUUCGUCACCAUGGGCCCCCUGUUCAUGUUCAUGGUGCCCAUGUUCCUCGCCGCCCACGAGUACAUCACCCAGGUGAGCCUGCUCUCCGACACCCUCGGCUCCACCUUCGCCAGCAUGCUCACCCUGGUCAAGUUCCUCCUCUUCUGCUACCACCGCAAGGAGUUCGUCGGGCUGAUCUACCGCAUCAGGGGCAUCCUCGACAAGGAAAUUAGUGUGUGGCCGGAUGCACGGGGAAUCGUGGAGACGGAGAACCAGAGCGACCAAAUGCUCAGUUUGACCUACACCCGCUGCUUCGGUCUGGCGGGGAUCUUCGCGGCCAUCAAACCCUUCGUGGGCAUCGUGAUCUCCCUGAUCCGCGGCGACGAGAUCCAUCUGGAGCUGCCCCACAACGGGGUGUAUCCGUAUGACCUCCAGGUGGUCGUGUGGUACGUGCCCACCUAUCUGUGGAACGUGAUGGCCAGCUAUAGUGCAGUGACCAUGGCGCUCUGCGUGGACACGCUGCUCUUCUUCUUCACGUACAACGUGUGCGCCAUCUUCAAGAUCGCCAAGCACCGGAUGAUCCACCUGCGGGCGGGGGGCGGAAGGGAGGAGCUGGAGGGCCUGGUCCAGGUGCUGCUGCUCCACCAGAAGGGCCUCCAGAUCGCCGAGAACAUCGCGGACAAGUACCGCCCGCUGAUCUUCCUGCAGUUCUUCCUGUCGGCCCUGCAGAUCUGCUUCAUUGGAUUCCAGGUGGCGGACCUGUUCCCCAAUCCGCAGAGCCUCUACUUCAUCGCCUUCGUGGGCUCGCUGCUCAUCGCGCUGUUCAUCUACUCGAAGUGCGGCGAGAACAUCAAGAGCGCCAGCCUGGACUUCGGGGACGGGCUCUACGAGAGCAACUGGACGGACUUCUCGCCGCCCACCAAGCGCGCCCUCCUCAUCGCCGCCAUGCGCGCCCAACGACCUUGUCAGAUGAAGGGCUACUUCUUCGAGGCCAGCAUGGCCACCUUCUCGGCGAUUGUCCGCUCCGCCAUGUCUUACAUCAUGAUGCUGCGCUCCUUCAAUGCCUAAAAGAAAAAUAACCG